AUGGACAUUCUUGAUAAUAUUGUUGAAACUGCACAUUCUAUGGAUGAAAAAUCCAGGUAUAAUAUUGUGGUGCCUAAUUUUGACGAGCCGUAUGUUAAUUCUGGAAGAUCACGGCGUAAAUCUGCUGAUUAUACUGUUUUUCAUCAUUAUCGUGUUGAAGUAUUUUGUAAAAUAAUUGAUUGGCAAUUGCAAGAACUCAAUGAUCGUUUUGAUGAGGUAACAACCGAGUUGCUUUAUGGAGUUGCUUGUUUGAAUCCGGUAGACUCAUUUUCAAGUUUUGAUAUCCAGAAAAUAAUAAGAAUGGUUGAAUUAUAUCCUAAUGACUUUGAUGAACUUAGCAUGUGUGCACUUGAGAAUCAACUAGCGAAUUACAUUAUUGAUGUCCGUGAUAUCGAUAAAAGGUUCUUUGAUUUACAUGGGCUUUGUGAUCUUUCAAAAAGAUUGGUUCAGACAAAAAAACAUUCAUGUUAUCCUCUUGUAUUUCGUUUGGUGAAAUUCGCUUUGCUUCUGACAGUUGCCAUUGCAUCCGUUGAAAGAGCUUUUUCGGGAAUGAAAUUUAUUAAGAAUGAGUUGCGAAGUCGAAUGAAUGAUGACUUCUUGAGCGGUUGCAUGGUUCCUUUUAUGAAGAAGGAUGUGUUUAAGGAUGUUUCAACGGAUGAUAUUAUUUUGUCUUUUCAAGCAAUGAAACCUCGUCGAAUAGUAUUAUAA